GUCUACAAAUUGCCACUGAUUUCCAAUAGUGAUUUCCAUCCAAAGAUCCACUUUGAUGCAACUGAUAAAUUCUGUUUGUCAUACGUUUUGUUUUUGUUUUUUUUAGUUGUUUUAGCUACAGCGCCUCCUCUGGUGGAGUCUGGUACAGCCUGUGUUUGGUGUUGCCAGGAGAUAUCUAAAAACAGAAACAAGUCUCUACUGUAUAUUCACUUGUCGUGCAAGACUUCUAAUUAUGGAAGUUAUGGAAAACUCUGAUGAGGUCGAUCAGUCUCAUGAGAGGGAGAGACUGAAGAUGAGAAUUUGUGUCCUGGAGGAGAAUGUGAAGUCCUGCGAGCUGGAGUGUAAAGCCAGCAGAGAGACGGUGCUCCGGCUGGUGGCAGAGCUGGACAAAGAGAGGAGGAAGGCUGCCAGCAGCGCAGCAGCACUCGAUUCAGUCAAAGUGGAGUUAGACGGCCUGGUGGUGGGAAGGAGGAGUGUGGAGAUGGAGAAGGAAACCCUGACGGAGAGGCUGGAAGCCAGCAAGAGAGUCAUAGAGGCUGCUCGGCGAGAGUCGCAUUGUUUGGAGAAACAGGUGGAAGAGCUUGAAAGGAAACUUCAGUCGAGCCACGCAGAGACCCACGCAGCUGAGGAGAAGUUGCAGAUGUUUCUGGAAAAGGUGGCAGACCUGCUGCAGGGGAAAUCUGAGAAUGUCAUCCACCCCACAGAGAAAGAUAUUUUACACAAAGUGGAUAACCUCUGCAAUAAGUCUUUGUCAGAGAUGGAGGCCAGGCUGUGUCAUGUCUCUGAGGAGCUGAGUGAGCAGAGGGAGCUCCAGCACAGUGCGACACAGAGGGCUCAGCUUGCAGAGCAGCAAGUCCAGGACCUGAGGGAGAGACUGCAGGGUCUGGAGGCGGAGCUGUUAACGGCAGACGUGCAUCGAGACGGGCUGAGACACGGCAAGCAACUUUAUGAAGAGUUCCUGGAUCAGCUCUCAGAGACGAUGAAGGUUGACAGCAUUGCUGUGGAUCUGGGCUUCGACAUGAGGCUAAAACUCAUCAUGUCACGCCUGCAGCAGCUUGUUAAACAGGAGGCGACCGCUUUGGUGGAGAGCAAAAGUCUGACUUACAGUCUACAGCGAAAAUUAAAGUCACAGAAAGACCAACUAGAGAGCAAAGGACUCCACAUCCAGCUCCUGAGGAAGAAGGUCUCAGAGCUGGAAGCAGAGAAGAGGGGCAGAUCAGCGUUGGCCGUGGAACGAGAUGAUGCUCAUCUGGAGGCAAAGAGGCUGCAGAAAAAGGUGGAGCGUCUCCAAGGCGAGCUGAAGACCACCAAGCUGUCCAACACUGAGCUCAAGGCCCAGCUGUCACACACCAAUGAGCUCAAGUUGGAAGUCAUGCAACAGAGUCAGAACGUGCAGGAGCAGAAAAAGAGGCUGGAUCAGCUGGUGGAGGGGAAGGCCAAGGUGGAGAAGAAGCUGAACAUAGCCAAGUCAGACCUGCAGAGCCAAGAGAAGAAGACCAGAGAGGACCAGCAACAACUCCAGAGCCUCAGACAGAGCCUGGCUCAGCUGUCUGAGAGGGAGAGAGAGUUGGCGGAUUUCCAGAUGGUUGUCUCCCAGAUGUUGGGACUGGAUGCCACAGCCGUGGAUCUUCCAAAUUAUGAAAUCAUCAAAUUACUUGAGACUGUUCUUCACGCUCAUCAUCACCACCACCACCACCUUCAUCAUGUUAAUAUGGCCUGGCACUGUCCUACUCACCAGAGACCUCAUCUCCACCAAAUCCAGGACCUUCCUGACAGCUCCUUGUUGGAUACCUCCAGGUCUGCUCAUCCGGGGGAUGCAGGGCCCCCUUCAUGAAGCCUGGAUGCACACAUUAUACUGAGGCCAAACUGCACUUAGAAUGUCAGAGAACAAUUUUGGUAAAAACGUAUAUGAAAUUAGACCUUAUACAGUAUGAAACGAUCUAUCAAGUAUCCCGAUUUUCUCUUUGUGUUUUCAAGAAAAGCGGAGUAUAAAUGAUUCACUGAACAAAUGUGAUAAAUGUGAAAUCACUUGAAAAAAAAGAAAUAAAGACAAAUAUCAAAAUGAGGAUUUGGCAUUCAUUGUUUCUGAUA